CGAUGAAAUUUGCAGCUCCGGGUGCGUGCUGCUCCGGAUCGGUGUGCAUGCUGCACACAUGCUGAAAUGAAGCAGAAUUCGCUGACCCUUCGGUGAUUCUGUCUCGGAGAUGAAGCUCCUUGUGGCGUUGCUCGCGAUUGCUUCUGGUGCCAAAUGGUCAGAAGGCUUCCGCGAGGCCCGCUCAAGCGGCAAGCUCAACAUCACCGAGGAGCGCAAAGCAUUCGACACCCAGGAGCUGCAGAGCGGGGACGCUCGUCUUGGGCAGACCCUGCGAGAGAGCCUCGAAAGCCUUGGGCGCCGUGAGCGUAUGGCAUGGGCGGAUAUUCUCAAGUUCGUCACUGAGCCCAAAUACGUGCUGGGCGUUCGCAAGUGGAUUUGGGCCUCCGUCGCCGCAUUCCUUGCGGCCACGUGCUUCGUGGGUGUUGCUCCGUUCCCAGUGAUCGUGGACUCCAAGGGUUUCUCUGACUGCAGAUGAUCCACACGGCCGACACGACAUAGUUAUUUCAUGCUAUUCCCUUCGGAAUUAUCAGACGGAUUCUACUGGCAGUUGUGAAGCGGCGCCGCUCAACGACCUUCGACUGAAGAGUCAAAAGAGCGAUGCUUCCUUU